UUUUAAUUAUUUCCUUAUUGUGGCAGUGUUAAUGAUUUGCUACAUUAACGUUCAUGAAAAAUGUUAGUUUAGUUUGGUUCAAGAGAUUUGCCUUACACCCUGUUCUUUGUCGACUCGUAAUAAUUUUUACUUUCAUUUUUAUUAAUCUCACAUGUUCCUUAAAAUCCUGAGUGUUUUACGUAUUAACAUAGUUGUAUUAUCAUCUAAUUUGAAUAAUAUGUCAUUGUUUCUAGUAUUGUAAUAGUAAAAUAGCACGAUCUCAUUUUUUAAAUAGCCGAAAAUAGAAAAGAAAAAUAUGGUAGAAUUUGUUGGAAUUCUGAUUUGUGUGCCUUUAUAUACGGUUGCGGCACUCUUAUUGGGUGUAGGCGUAACUGCGGGACUCUUUGUGUUCCAUGUAGCCGUGGUGCCUCUCAUAUUUAAAUACUCGAAGACCUUCCGGAGGAGUCUCGUCUUUGCGAAUUUUGUGCAGUGGCCACCGAACGUGGACUACGAUGACCCAUCGUCGCGAGGCAUUGAAGGCGGACGCAAUUUCAACAUCGAGUACCAUUCCGAAGUAGACCACUGCCCUGUCAAGAUAGGAAUAUGGCACAUACUGCCGAAAACAUUGUACGAAAGGAUAAAAGGCGAUUUCGAGCACACCGACAAGGAACAACUGAACAGAAUAAUGGAUGAGGAAUUGGCCAAAUCCACGAUGCCCGUUAUGAUGUAUUGCCACGGUAACUCCAAUUCCCGUGCGGCCACUCAUCGGAUACAACUGUACAAAUUUUUCCAACAGAUGGACUUUCAUACAAUUGCGUAUGAUUACAGAGGCUACGGUGAUUCGACUAACCUGAAUCCUACGGAAGACGGCGUGGUGGAGGACUCGCUUGUCGUCUAUGAAUGGUUGUGCAAUACUGUCGCUAAAGAAGGGAAGCGGCCGCCGUUGUUUGUUUGGGGACAUUCUUUGGGGACAGGUAUAUCGUCCCACCUUUUGGGCAAUUUACCCGAGCUGUCAACCCGUUUGCUGUCCCGCGAAUCGCCCCUGCCGCCGCCCUGCGGACUAAUUCUCGAGGCACCUUUCAACAACCUCGCUGAUGAAGUUGCACAGCAUCCGUUGUCUAAGUUGGUAACCUGGUUGCCGUAUUACGAGUCAACGUUUGUGGCACCAUUUCGAUCGGCGCCGGAACACAAGUUCUGCUCCGAAGUGCAUCUUAAUCGUGCACGUACUUUGCCUGUGCUUAUAUUGCACGCGAAAGAUGACGUCAUUGUGCCUUUCCUAGUCGGUUUAAGGCUAUACCGGUCCAUAGUGGCGUCACGCAUCGAUGGCGGUGCGCCAGUGAAACUGCAUGCGUACGACAAAAGUCUCGGCUUAGGACACAAAUGGAUUUGCAAUGCAAAAGAUUUGCCUCAAGUUGUCGGGGAGUUCGUGAAGGACCACCGAUAGAGCCUUAACUGCUUACUGUUACUCUAUUUUCUGUGAUAACAGCACAUAGUGACUUUAGCUAGCUUAUACAGGGUGUCCACUUAAUCUUUAAUGUUGUAAAGAUUGUACAAUUUUAAAUUAAUUGAAAUCCGAUUAAAGAUAUUGCUAACAUGCUAUACAUAUAACGAGA